AUGUCUGAUCUCGAACACAAAGACAUCGUCAUGCCUUCCAUCGAGGACAGCGCCAGCAAUGGCUCUUCCGGCCUGGGGAAAACCAAGAACGCCGUCUCCAACAAUACCUCCGCUGCAUCUAACGCAGUUGCCGAUCAUCCAUUGACCCAAAGCAUUACCAACGGACCUGUUGUGGACAAUGUCAAGGACCAAACUGCAAAGACCCAAGCCGAAUUCUCGAAUCUUGCCGCUUCCCGCACCACACCUGCAACCCCUGCCGCUACCGGCCAACAGCUUACCCACUACCACUCCUUCUUCUCCAGCCUGUUGUCAUGGAACAAUCCCCGAGCCUCGGCCAUCGCGUACGGUUCCGUUGUGCUAUUUAUCUUCGCUGCCCGAUAUCUCGAUAUACUCAGAUAUACCUUCAAGGUCACCUGGAUGACUUUGGGUGUAACUGUCCUCGCUGAGAUUGCUGGAAAGGCUGUUUUGGGCACUGGCCUUACUUCGCAAUUUCGCCCAAGAAAGUACUUCACCGUGUCGAAGUCGACCCUCGAUUCUAUCCUCGGCGACGUUCAAGAGUUCAUCAACUUCUUUGUUAUCGAGUCUCAGCGUAUUCUGUUUGCAGAGAAUGUCUUUGCCUCUGCAGCUGCCUUCGUCGCUGCUUUCAUCUCUUACUUCCUAAUCAAGGUCGUUCCAAUCUGGGGUCUUUCUCUCAUCGCAACUUCGGUCCUUUUCCUGGCGCCCCUUAUCUACAAGACCAACAAGGAGCUCAUUGAUGAGCACCUCGCCCAGGUCGUUCAGAUUGCCAAUCAGCAAACCGAGCAAGUUCGCCAGCUCGCUAGUCACCAUGCCGCUCGCGCCACCGAGACCACGAAGCAGUAUGUUGGCGAGUACUCUUCCAAGGCACAAGAGAUGAUUGGAACUGCUCGUGGAAGAUCCGCCUCACCCAUUGCAUCGGCCAAGCCCGUUAAGAUCGACCCCAUCACGGCGGAGCCGACUACUGUUCGAAAGGAGGAAACCACUUCAGCAUACAAGAGCGAGGACUUCCCUGCCGCGCCUGUGGAGGAGUUCAAGACCGCCGCACCUGUUGGAGAGAUUGCAAGCGCCUUAAAGGAAGAGGAGCCUUUGAUUAUCUCGUAA